UCAAGGCGGAAGUGGUGUCAGGGUGUCGUGCGCGCUCAUGUGAGAGAUUCUGCGGGUUACUAGAGACGCUCCAUGGCACGCGCGCUUUAAUAUAAUCACGUAAUAAACCGGAGGAUUCGUCAACACACUGAGGUCGAGACACGCGACCGAUCAACGGAAACAUCUGCAAUGUCAUUUAUAUUUGACUGGAUCUACCGAGGGUUUAGUGGAGUGCUGCAGUUUCUAGGUUUGUAUAAGAAGUCUGGGAAGCUGGUUUUUCUGGGACUGGACAACGCUGGGAAAACGACUCUCCUGCACAUGCUCAAAGACGACCGAUUAGGACAGCACGUGCCCACGCUACACCCCACGUCAGAGGAGCUGACCAUUGCAGGAAUGACGUUCACCACGUUCGAUCUGGGUGGUCAUGUACAAGCACGGAGAGUGUGGAAGAACUACCUGCCCGCGGUCAACGCUGUGGUGUUCCUGGUGGACUGUGCCGAUCACGAGCGGCUCGCCGAGUCCAAGGUGGAGCUGGACGCUCUGCUGUCGGACGAGACGAUCUCCAGCGUGCCGGUUCUGGUGUUGGGCAAUAAGAUCGACCGCCCCGAGGCCGUGAGCGAGAUGAGACUACGAGAGGUGUUCGCUCUGGAGGGACAGACCACUGGGAAGCAGGGCAGCGUGUCGCUGAAGGAUCUGAACGCGCGGCCGCUGGAGGUGUUCAUGUGCAGUGUGUUGAAGAAGCAGGGCUACGGGGAAGGCUUCCGAUGGCUCUCGCAGUACAUCGACUGACCUCAGACCCGUCUGCUCUGUGAUCGUCAGCAAUAAGAGAUGUCUGACCUGUUUUAGUGGAUAUUACGCAUCGGUUUUGUUGUUUUAGUCUCAAUUCGGAGGGUGUUAAACGCAGAAGCACGUGCUGUUACUGUAUUAAAGCCCUGCGAAUGAGGAUGCAAGGUGUAAUCAAGCCAUUGGUUUUUAGUACAAUACCAUGUGUGAUAUUUCAGUUCCUGCUGCUUUUUUUUUUUCUUAUGUUUUUAAACUUUGAGUCGCUCUGUUAUACCUGAGUGUUGUUGUAUUAUUUAGCAUCCUUUCAUCUAUAGAUGUUAUAAAAAUCUGAUCAGUGGUUUGAGGUGUACAGUAUAUUGUAAUAUAUUCUCCUGUACAGUGUUUGUGUAGAUAAUGUUCAUAUCAGAUGCUGUUGGUGUUUGUUGAUCAUCAGAUGAAGGUCUGAUAUGAGAACGCCUAAGGCAGAGACACAUGAUCAUUUUUUGCAAAUUUGUACAUAUUGUAUAAUGGAGUAUAUGUGUUUUUAUUGUCCAUAGCCUUGACUUGAGUGUACAGGAAUCCAUCCUAACAGACUGUAAACAUCUAUAAACUUCAUAUUUUGAAGAA